UGCGCACGCAGUAACACCUGCGCAAUUUUGAGCUUCCGGCAUAUUGACCUACAUUCAAACGUCGGUGUUGUUCUAAGUUCAAAAUUUUAGUAAUUUCGAUAUUGCGGAAACAAAAUUAACGCAAAUAUGCCUCCCAAAUUGUGUGGAAAAUGUGAUAAGACAGUUUAUCCGACGGAAGAACUUAAAUGUUUGGAUAAGGUAUGGCACAAGGGCUGCUUCAAAUGUGAGAUCUGCAAUAUGACAUUGAAUAUGAAAAACUACAAAGGCUACGACAAACUUCCUUAUUGCACUGCGCACUACCCGACGACGAAGCAUACAGCAGUGGCAGAUACACCAGAAAUUAGAAGAAUACAAGAAAAUACAAAAAUACAGAGUAAUAUUCAAUAUCAUGCUGAGUUUGAGAAACAGAAGGGCAAGAAGACGGAUAUUGCGGAAGAUCCUGAGAUGAUGCGUGUCAAAAAGAACAUGGAGGUGAUCAGCAAUGUUAGUUACCAUGGGGAUAAGGAGCGUAGGGAACAGAUGGAGCAGGCUAGACCAGCUGAACAAUUGGAAGGGGGCCGCAAUGUUCGUUCCAACCCUGGCCGGAUCGCGGAUAUGGAACCUGCCAUGGAACCCGCGGGUGGCACGCCUUACAGCAAUCGAAACUCUGCAAGCGCCCGACAGGUGUACGACUCUAACGUGGGGAAAGAAGGCAGCCGCUUUUCGUACACAGGUGGCAAUCAAAGCAUUGAGCAGCCAGCGAGACGCAAUGUGGGCUCCAUAAGCGAUUAUGAUCCUCUCAAUGAAAAAUAUGGUUCAAUUGCUGGACAGAAUAAUCCUAGAGGACAGCCUGCCCAGCAGGCGUACCAGCCCCCGGCGCAGUCCUACCAGCCUCCGCCACAGGCAUACCAGCCCCCACCCCCAGCCAACCCCGCACCUGCUGCUGGAAAAGGGAUGGUUUGCCAAGCCAUGUAUGAUUACGAUGCAGCAGACGCAGAUGAGGUCAGUUUCCGAGAGGGAGACAAGAUAGUUUUCUGUCAGCCAAUAGAUGCUGGUUGGAUGGAGGGAACUGUGGAACGCACAGGCAAACGGGGCAUGUUGCCUUCUAAUUAUGUUGAGAAAAUGAACUAGCAAGUUGAUGUUAAAUACUUUUAUGUUAGAUAAGAUAUUUAAUUACUUAACUUCAUAUAGCUUGUAAAUUAUAUGUUAUAGACUUUUUAUAAUAGAAUUAAGUGUACAGUUAGAAUACUUUUUACUGGAAAAAUAUAAGUGUAGCUUAGUAAAAUCGACUAUUUACUCUUGAAAUUAUCAAACUGUACACAGAAAGCGUUCUAUCCUAGCUGUGUUGUUUUGAUAUAAAUUGUUUUAAUUGCUACAAAGUAUUAUCCAAUGAGAUGAAUGAAAGUUAAUGAAGGAAGUUGUAUUCUUAACAGGAUAGUUGUAUUCAUAACUGGACAGUUAUCUAUAUACCUAUAUUCAAGUGUAUGCUUCUUAUACAUACAUAGUUGGGAUCAUCUUAUCUGGACACAAUACUGUUAAUUAGUUCUGUCAGUAUUACUAAUGCAAUGUCAGUUUGUUAAUGGGCUGUUAAAAGCUUUUUUUAUCAGACUCACAGCCAGUGUUAUGUUGGGUGUGUACUUUUAUAAAAUGGAAUAGGUUUUAUCAAAGCAGAAGCAAGAUGGUAUAUGUAAUACUUAUAAGUGUUUUGUUUGGUAGAAAUUUGUGGAUUCUCUUUGUUCAUUUUUACCACUUUCAUGCUGGAAUAAAGGUACAUCAAUAUUCUGGUUUGUAGAUUUAAAAUCCUGGAUUGUUUCCGCUAUUUCACGUGAAUCUGAUGUGCUGGUGCUCCGUGUUAUUUAUUUAUCAACUCAUCAUGAUGCAGGAGUUUAGGGCUUAAAGGGGCCUUUUCACAGAUUUUGGUAUUUUUUAACUUAUUCAUUAAAUGCUUUAUAUUGAUAAAUGUAAACAUUGGAUCGUAAAAGCUCCAGUAAAAAAUCAAGAAUAAAAUAAAAAAAGGAAAAGAACAUUGCCCGGAGCAGGUUGCGAACAAGUGACCCCUGGAGUUCUGCCAGAGUCCUGAAGUAAAAACGCUUUAGCCUACUGAGCUAUUCCGCCGAGUACACAUUCUUAACGUAUUUUAUACAUUAUAUAAACAAUCUUCGUAGGUGCACAAAAUUUAACGACAAAAACAGAACUCUCCAAAUUAUUCAAUCGUUACGCGUUGCAACGCUUUAUAAUUUUUAGGUUUUAAAAUCGUCAAAAGAUGCAUAUAAUGGCUAUAUUAGAGCAUGGUAAUUGUUCAGUAUUACUGUUUCCUCACAAAUAUCAUAACUAAAACGAAAAUUUGCGAAUCUGAAACAACUUUUUUUCAAUUUUGUCAAUUUACCAAAGCGUGAAAAGAUCCCUUUAAUCUAUUGGUUAUUUCAUAUUUCUUAUAAUGUUCAUUUGCUUCUUUUAAAAAGAUAAGUGUUAUUUCAAGUAUUCUAUUUAUCACAGUAUCUGAUAGUACAUCAAUACCUUGAAAGCAUGUACAACUGAACUGAUUUUUUGUUGUCCAUUACUGAAAAUGAAUUUUAUAUAUUUUAUAAUGAGAGUGUACAGUGACACAAUUAUUUAACAUGCAUAACAUACUUAAUGAUAUUAUGAUUUAGAAAGAAUUGUUUGACUCUAGUUAGUUUUGUUGUUCAUGUAAAUACUGCCAACAUUUGUAUUUAAGUUAUAUCUCAUAAACAUCUGUUUUGAAGUGGACAACUUCUUUUUGAUGGGCUGAGAACAAAGUGAAAUAUACGCAAGCUAUGUUUUUUGAAAUAUUCGUUGAGUUAUUUAAAUAAUUUUAUUCUUCCGAUAUUUGUUAAUUUUAUUUCAAUUCCCUAAACUUUAUUACAUAUAAGUAUUUACCAGAUUUUGGAGAUGGGUAUUGUUCUUUCUAGUAGGAGAUUUUAGCAUUUAUUGUCCAUAAUGUGCAAUUGUCAUUGCCUUUGUUUCUUGCUUUUCUUCUAUUAACUAAGACUCCGUCUUUGCUUUCCCAACACAUACCUCUUUUUUUCAGCACUUGUAAUAUACUUGUAUAUUUUGAUUAAAUAAUAAUCAUAGAGACCUUCAUGUAUUUAUAAAGUGGUAGGUAUUGGAUAUUUUUGUAUUGCCCAAUAUAUUAUUAUGUAAUCAGACAGGUAAUUUGUGAAUUUCCUUUGUAAUGAUUUAAUGAUCAUAUAUGUUCCAAACAUAUUGUAGUGUAUGUUUCAAGUAUAACAAGAACUAACAAGUUUCAAAUAUAACAAGUAAUACAA